CACUCAAACUUCUCCUCCCUGUUAUGCAUCAGGUUGGCGGACACACUCUUUGCCCACCUUGUUCCAACAUCGGAGACCCCCUCAUUUCGGGCUCCAUUUUAAACGAAAAACAGAGGGGGCGGGUAAAAAACAACCCGCAUGCCGCAUUCUAGCGUCAAAAUGGACCGCAUUGGGGUGAUCGGCGACGCUAUCGCGACAGCAUAACGGCGAAAACCCGUCAAGCGCCGAGGUACCCAAAUCACUGCAGGCAGCCGCUUGUCGGUCUUUUUUUCGCCGAGAAAAGGGAGGCGUCGCUGGCGGGGGAGGGGGGGCAACAUUCGAGUAGCGGCGGUGCCGUUCGUUCGGCGUUUUACCCAGUGGUUAGCCUGCUAGCAUCGGCUCCAGAUUUGUCGGCUGUUGGAUGAAGGCGAUACCGCCGCUUGUCUUCCCGUUCCUGGAGUUAGAGUUGACAUUAUUCACAAGGGGCGGGUUGCGCAUCUCGCCGAGAGACCUCCAGUACUCCUGCUCAUCCUCUCCCGACUCUCUACCGCAGAAGACCGGGGACAACUUGGUCGCGAGGCCCAGAGUUGCUCUUCCCCUCCCCCCUCCUCCUCCUUCCCUGGUCCGGUCCGGUCCCGACAAGACCACCACCAAGCGACCCUCCCCCCUCGCACCACGUCCACGCGAGGACCGCAGCUGAUUUUUUUUUUCCUCGCUGGGGGGUGGCGGUGGUGUUGGUGGUGGGAAGAAAACGCCAAACGCUGAGUGUUUUUUUUUCCGGGUCCGAGCGGGACUGGCUAAACACAGCGGAGGGGAUGACUCUGGAGUCCAUGAUGGCUUGUUGCCUGAGCGAGGAGGCGAAGGAGUCGAAGCGAAUCAAUGCCGAAAUUGACAAGCAACUUCGCCGAGACAAGCGAGAUUCCAGGCGGGAGCUGAAAUUACUUCUUCUCGGCACGGGAGAAAGCGGCAAGAGCACUUUCAUCAAGCAAAUGAGGAUCAUCCACGGCGCCGGUUACUCCGACGAAGACAAGAGAGGCUUCAUCCGACUGGUUUACCAAAACAUCUUCACCUCCAUGCAGGCCAUGAUCCGGGCCACGGAGAACCUAAAGAUCCCUUAUAAAUAUGAACAGAAUCGGUCGAACGCCAUGCUGGUGAAAGAAGUGGACAUUGAAAAGAUCAACGGCUUCGACCAGCCCUACAUCGCAGCAAUCAAAUGCUUGUGGUCCGACCCGGGGAUCCAGGAGGCCUACGAUCGCCGCCGAGAGUACCAGCUGUCCGAUUCCACGAAAUAUUACCUUAGCGAUUUAGAUCGCGUGACUGCCGGCGGCUACGUCCCCACCCAGCAGGACGUGCUCAGGGUCCGUGUUCCCACCACGGGCAUUAUAGAGUACCCCUUUGAUCUGGAGAAUGUCAUCUUCAGGAUGGUGGACGUGGGUGGUCAGCGGUCAGAAAGGAGGAAGUGGAUCCACUGCUUUGAGAACGUCACUUCCAUCAUGUUCCUGGUGGCGCUGAGCGAGUACGACCAGGUCCUGGUGGAGUCCGACAACGAGAACCGUAUGGAAGAGAGUAAAGCUCUGUUCAGGACGAUCAUUACCUACCCGUGGUUCCAAAAUUCCUCGGUCAUCCUCUUCCUGAACAAGAAGGACCUGUUAGAGGAGAAGAUCUCCUACUCGCACUUGGUGGACUACUUCCCGGAGUUUGACGGCCCGCAGAGGGACGCGCAGGCGGCGCGGGAGUUCAUCCUCAAGAUGUUUGUGGACUUAAACCCCGACAGCGACAAGAUCAUCUACUCCCACUUCACGUGCGCCACGGACACGGAGAACAUCCGCUUUGUGUUUGCCGCCGUCAAGGACACCAUCCUACAGCUCAAUCUCAAAGAGUACAACCUGGUGUGAGCCCCCCCCACCCCCUUUCCGCCCCCAACUCUCAAGCCCACUUCACUAUCCUUUUGCACAACCUCCUUUUUCGAGUGCGCUCGACUUUUAAUGCAACACACACACACACACACACACUCCCCUUUUUUUGUCUGGCACAUUCAAAGAUCCCCCCCUGCAAAACAAAACGACAGCAAAAAAGAAAACCCCCUCCCCUCCCUCGCGCAUCUUCCUGCUUUUUCUGGGCAGCUUGUGUCAGAGAAACCGCCGCCUCGACGGGCCUGGCACAUUCGACUCUUGAGACAAGUGACCGCAAGGGACGCCGGGGGGACGAACGCUCCACAACGGGAUUUUGUCUCCACCUCCACAUCGAUGAAUGUACCCACCAGUGUGUGAGAAGUGCCAUUGCGGGGACGGGGGCGUGGGGGGGGGGUACAAGAGAACCUCUUAACAGUGUAAAUAUACAGUAUAUAAUAUGUCAGGGGUGUCAAACACAUUGUGAUUCAGCGGGGCUUUACAGCCUAAUUUGAUGUCAAGGGGGGGCCCAGACCAGCAAAGUCGUAACAUAAUUAAAAGUAAGGCCAGAUUUCUUAUGAAAAAAAAUAUAUAUAUCUGAUCCCAAUGAUUUUUUU